CAGCUUUGCACUUACUUUCAAAUUGAAUUUAAUUGUGUUCUGUUUUCUAAGCCUUGGAGCUCGUAGGAUGUGCCAUGCCAGGCGUUGCUGCUUCUGCUUAUCGCUUCGUGCAGGAUGCGUUCUUAUUUCAUUAUUUUCUAUUUUCAGCUGUGUCUUGAACAUAGAUUACAUUUUAUGGGUUGUUGAUGAUUCUCGUGACGCCAAAAUCUAUUUUCCUGAAUUUACAAACUCGAACGUGAUACUUCAGAUGGUACCUGAAUUUGCCACCUUUGUAGCCUCGGUUUCGCUAUUCAUCUACGCAGUCGGCUACUGCAAAUUUUUGGUUUUAACAUAUGUAGUUAUCACUGUUGCUCAGAUAUCGUACUUCGUAUUGUAUAGCAUAGUUUCGACCGUGAUGGGUACAAAUCUGAUUGUAAAUGCAGGUAAACCCCACAUAAUUGCGUACUGGCUAUAUUUGCCAUAUAAUCUCGGAACAUCGCUUUAUUUCAUAUAUAUCGCUCUCUCCUACGAUCAGCAGCAGCGCUUGGCUCAGAGGCAAAAUUAAGCAAUACAUGUGAAGUUUUCAUAACGUGUCUGUUCAAAAAAAAAUUCCGUAAUAAAGACAAUUAUAAAAUGUA